CAGCGAGAGGGAGUCGGCGAGGGGCGCCAUCAGCCCGCACCUGUGCGCAUCCACAUGUGACAUCGCUCAUCCGAGCAACACCAACUAACGGGCGGAGAGCUUUUACCCACCCCGUGAUAGCUGAUGCCCGAGAAAAAGGCUGUUUGUGUCAAUCAACCCCUACCUCUCUCUCGUAUCCCUCUCUCUAUUCCUCCUCCCCCCAUCCCCUCCACGUUUUCUCCCUCUGUCGCCUCCGCUAGUCGGGCGCUUACAAACCAGCAGCCUUUACGCGCGGCAGCCAGUCGUCAGCCGGCAGCCGGAUGCGUCGAAGCUCCGCCGCAUAACGAGCUGAGAUUCACAAACAGAUAUCGUAGUGUAGGGCGGGAUAGCAGGCGGGAGUGGGGGGAAGAGAAACAGAAGUGUGAUGAAUCGGGGGAGGAGAGAGGAUCAUUCCGACUGGACGACCCUGCUGCUUUUGUAGAGACGGGGAAGAAAGAGAGGAGGGGGGCGAGAGAUGGCACAACGCCUCAGCAUCCAAAACACACGGGUGCACCACCGAGACUGGAGCCCCGGACCCAUCACCGGCGCCAGCAGCAGUAGCAGCAGCAGCAGCACGAUCACCUCUCCACCGCCUCGCUUCCUCCAGCACGGCAGCCGCUCAGCCCGGGUUAGAGAUAUUAGUCAAUCCCUCUAUGCGACUCCUCUGUGACGACCUGAAGCUAAGGAACCUCGGCUGUGUUUCUUCAAUCAAGACCCUUCUUCCAAAAUCCAGCUCUGCUUCCUUACUCACCUGCCAUGGUGACAUGACAUACCCCUGAGUGGCUAUGCUCCUGUCUUGCACACACUGACAAUCUCUUGGGUUUUCCUAAACCUCUAGACACCUGUGAAACUGAAAAAGACAUCUAUUAGUUUGACGGACAGUACCUCCGCAGUUCGAGAUGACAGUGGCUGUGAGAUUCCGGCGCCAUUUACGUAGACUCCUGCUCCUUCUGGCCUCAUGCUGCCUCAUUUCCCUGCUCCUAUCUGCCUAUUUCCUUUUCUCAAACUCUUCCCCCUCAAUGCAUCUUGGACAAUCAGCCGAGCCUGCCUGCUCCCAGCCGCUUUCCAUGUCUCCGUACCGUCAGCUCCCCUACCCGUACCCUCCUAACCCUCCGCACACACAUGUCCACACUGAUCCGGUGGUGCUAGUACUAGUGGAGUCACAGUACUCUCAGUUGGGCCAGGACAUCAUGGCCAUACUGGAGUCGGCCCAUUUCCAGUUUCGGAUGGAGAUAGCCUCAGGAAAGGGGGACCUUCCACCGCUGACAGAGAAAGGCCGGGGACGGUAUUCGCUCAUCAUUUAUGAGAAUCUUUUGAAGUAUGCACAUGCAGAUACAUGGAACAGACAGCUGCUGCAUCAAUAUUGCACUGAGUAUAGAGUUGGCAUUAUUGGCUUCUACCGCUCCACAGAGAAUUCCCCCUCUGUGCUCAAACUGCGAGGCCUACCUCUCGUUCUAAGAACCAACCAGGCACUUUGGGACUGCUGUGUGGUGUCCAGCUCACCGCUCCUCCAUUUGACCAAGCCUGGCACAGAUAGAGGGGCCCUACCUGGGGAGGACUGGACCUCGUUCUCGUCUAAUCACUCCACAUAUCAGGCUGUGCUGUUAGCACGGGCUAAAGAGGGAGCAGGGGCAGGCAGCGGAGACAAUGCUGGACCUGGUUUCAGCCUCGGCCUCCAGGCCACAGUGGUGCAGGACAUGGGGCUGUAUGACGGAGUGAGACGAGUACUCUUUGGCCAGGGACUGGGCUACUGGCUCCACAGACUCAUCCUGGUGGAUGCCAUCUCCUACCUCACAGACAGAAAGCUUACUCUGGGCCUGGACCGGCAUGUUCUGGUGGAUAUAGAUGAUAUUUUUGUCGGCAAAGAGGGAACACGCAUGAACGCCAAGGACGUGAAGGCUUUGCUGGAGACCCAGAAGCAGCUGCGUUCCUAUAUCUCCAAUUUUACUUUUAAUCUGGGCUUUUCUGGAAAGUUUUACCAUACAGGCACAGUGGAGGAGGAUGAAGGAGAUGAUCUACUACUGAAGUAUGUAGAUGAGUUCUGGUGGUUCCCCCACAUGUGGAGCCACAUGCAGCCUCACCUCUUCCACAAUGAGUCCUCUCUGUUGGAGCAGAUGGUCCUCAACAAGGAGUUUGCUCUGGAGCACAACAUCCCAGUUGACAUGGGCUACGCUGUGGCCCCUCACCACUCCGGCGUUUACCCGGUGCAUCUGCAGCUGUACGAGGCUUGGAGGCGUGUGUGGAACAUACGGGUCACAAGCACCGAGGAGUACCCUCACCUAAAACCCGCCCGCUACCGCAGGGGCUUCAUCCACAACAACAUAAUGGUGCUGCCUCGUCAGACGUGUGGCUUGUUUACUCACACCAUCUACUAUAAGGAGUAUCCUGGUGGACCCAAGGAACUGGACAGAAGCAUUCGCGGGGGAGAGCUGUUUCUAACUGUGCUACUCAACCCUAUCAGCAUAUUCAUGACCCACCUCUCCAACUACGGCAACGAUCGACUGGGUCUCUACACGUUUGUCCACCUGGUGUCCUUCCUUCGCUCCUGGACCAACCUGAAGCUCCACACCCUCCCGCCCCUUCAGCUCGCACACAAGUACUUUCAGCUUUUUCCUGAACAAAGGAACCCACUCUGGCAGAACCCGUGUGAUGACAAACGGCACAAAGACAUCUGGUCUAAGGAGAAAACAUGCGACAGGUUGCCUAAAUUCAUGGUGGUCGGCCCACAGAAAACAGGAACAACGGCACUUUAUCUCUUCCUGCUCAUGCAUCCCUCCAUCUCCAGUAACUUCCCCAGUCCAAAGACAUACGAGGAGGUCCAGUUCUUUAACACCAACAACUACCACAAAGGAAUCGACUGGUACAUGGAGUUUUUCCCCGUGCCAUCCAAUGUUAGCACAGAUUUCAUGUUUGAGAAGAGUGCCAACUAUUUUCCCUCAGAGGAGACCCCACGGCGAGCCGCUGCCCUGUUGCCCAAGGCCAAGAUCAUCACGCUGCUCAUCAACCCGUCUGACAGGGCCUACAGCUGGUAUCAGCAUCAAAGAGCUCAUGAGGACCGCACAGCCCUGCAGUUCACCUUCUAUGAGGUCAUCAGUGCUAGAAAGGGAGCGCCUGCAGAGCUGCGAUCCCUGCAGAGUCGCUGUCUCCUACCAGGCCUCUAUGCUACACACCUGGAGAGGUGGCUGAUGUACUACCCAUCUAACCAGGUGAUGAUCAUUGAUGGCCAUCAGCUUAGAAACGACCCUGCAGCAGUGAUGGAUGAAGUGCAGAGGUUUCUGGGUGUCACUCCUCACUUUAACUACUCCCAGACUCUAACCUUUGACCCUCAAAAGGGCUUCUGGUGCCAGCUCCUGGAGGGAGGAAAGACAAAAUGUUUGGGAAAAAGCAAAGGAAGAAAGUAUCCUCCUAUGGACCCAGAGGCACGUGCAUAUCUCUCCAGGUAUUACAGGGAGCACAAUGUUGAGCUGUCAAAGCUGCUACAUCGGCUUGGACAGCCCCUUCCCUCAUGGCUGAGAGAGGAGCUGCAGAAGGUUAGAUAACAUUUCAGUCCAUGAGCCAGGGGUAAAGGUCGAGCUAUCAGAGAUCGGGAAGUGACCAGAAUCUCCUGACCUUCAAAAUCGCGCUGUCUGUGGCCUUUUUGUGCACGCUGAGGUGAGGCCAAGGACUGGUGGAUUUGUUUCACCUGCAAGCUACGGCGCUGUUGGAUGGAGCGGGAGGCGUGAUGGGGCGAAGAAUCUUUGUGCGCUUCGAUGGACGAAUGGAUGAAUGGAUGGAUGGAUGACUAGAUCUCUAAAGAAACUGGGACUAAAACCAAGCACCAACAUCUAAUAAAAGACAGAGCUGUGUGAGACAUUGAGGAUUUGGCAGGUUCUGAAUGCCCAAAACCUGUUCUGAACUGACUCUCAUGCAGACCUGGAGUGACUUUGAUUCUUUUUUUGGUUUGAUUUCUCUGCUAAGUUAUGAUACCAGGGCAGCGCUGGUCAGCUGUGCGUGGUUCACUUAGAGAUUUCUUUGCACUGAGUUCUGUUCUCUGUUUCCCGCCAUGUUAAAAUAAUACAUACCUUUGGAGGUUCACUUUUACCCUUUUGUUUUAUUUAGAUUUUAUUGUAUGAUAAAAGAAUAAAAAGCAAAGACAAGGUGGACUCAGGGUGAAUGAUAGGCUGUUCCUUGUUUGUUUUUUUUGGUAGAACAGUUUUAAGGCAGAUCUGGUAGCAUUGUUUCAACCCACAGUGCAUCACAUGACACUUUUAUGGGAGAAGCUUUGGAUUGGAAAUUGGUAUCUGGAGCUAAAAGCAGAACUCAGUGAAGAUUUUCCCAGCAGGUCAUGUAGGAGUAUUCUGUGUUCAUUUAUUAGAGAAUUAUUUCAGUUCUAAGAACUGCAAAGACAUGACCAAAACUACUCAAAAUUAUGAAAUAAAAUUUAAUUUCAGGAUUUUUUUAAAGUCGGUGCGUAAGUGGAAGAAGAUUAUGUUUUUUUUUUGUCUGUGUCUCAUUUAGGCCUAAACCUUUUUUUUCCCUUUGAAAACCAGUGGCCUAAGUUUAGCCUAAAUUUGAAUGCAAACAAUCCUACAUGUCAAUUACAAAACCAAAACUCAAAUAAAAAUGCAUAUGACU